GCCGGCGAGAUGAACGCAACCACCCCAGAACCAGAAAGCGCGCCAAAACGGCGAAGGUAUCGUAUGUUGUUCACUUCUGCUGGGGCUAGGAUAAACAUCGAGCAGCAUUCACUCUCACUCGAUGUCUUUCUUUCUUCACAGGAAUCCCUCGUAGUUGCGAUAGAUGCAGGACUAGUAAAGUGAAAUGUGUCGUCGAAAAUGAUCGCUGUAUCAAUUGCGUCAGAAUUGGUGUCAAGUGCACGUUUGCCAAUCCAGGCAGUUUGAAGGAGAGACCACCAACAAUCAAAGAGGCCGAGCAACUUGAGGCUCAUAUCAGAUCUUUGGAGCGACUCCUUCACGCGGUGGACCCUACUCUUGACCUCAACGACUUACCAGAUCCUGACACGCUCGUUCCAAACUCACAAGAUGGGUCCCAGCUUCCCAGUCUAUCCCACGCCGACCCGGCAUUUCAACCAGAGCAUCACGCCGCUCAAACUGCUCCAGAAGAGCACCAUGAGUCUCAGCUUUCGGCGGUUCUUAGCGGGAUGCAUGGUUUGAACAUCACAGCGAGGCCUGCUGUCACAAACAUGCAUUGGACUCAGUCAGACAAGACUCAACCGAUGUCCAAAUUUCUCGGUCUCGUCGUCUCCCCGGACCAGUAUAUCGGCCCGAAUUCCGGGCUCAGCAUGGCCGAUCCAUCGUCGCUUGGGAUUCCCAAACUGCCUGUCUGGGACUUUGACACCCUAGGUCCGGUGGAUGAAUAUCUGCGUCUUCGCCAUGAUCGAUAUGUCUCGAGCGCGACAUGCUUCUAUCCGGAGCCUGACUUGGAGGAAGCGCUGCUCACGAUUUACUUCGAGCGUUUCCACCCAUUCGUCCCGGUCAUCCAUCCGACCAUGUUUCGUGGGCUUCAUAGGUCUGGACUGGCGCAGACCAACCCCACCUUCAGAGCUCUCUGUCUGCUCAUGUUUUCCAUUGCUAGUGGAUGGUCAUCGGAUCCUAGGGUCCGGCUCGACUUGGCCGGCAGGCAACAGCUCUCGCCGGAAUACGUGGGAGUCCGCUUCACUCACGCUGGGCUUCUGUGUCUCUUUCAACCCGGCUACGAUCGCGCAACCCUUUUCCAUUUGCAGGCUUUUGUCUUGUUGACAAUCGUCUCGCUAGGCGCACACCAGCUCCCGAUGACCUGGAUUUUUGUUGAGCGGGGUCUGCUUCAUGCACAGGAAUGCGGUGCUCAUCGUGAAGUGCACCAUCUUUGGAACGCUGAUCCUCUUCAGGACUAUCUCCGGCGUCAGGCUUUCUUUCAGUUAUACGAAAUGGCUUACAGGACUAGUUAUUCGUUGGGUAGGGCGCCUUUGGUGGAAUAUGAUGACUUUGAUCUCCAACCAACUCAUGUCCAGCGUGGCGAUCCGCUGGGCAUCUUUGCGAACCCAUAUUCGAGGAUCAGUCCAGCCGUCCAUCAAGCACAUGUGGCAUUUGAUGAAGUCAGAGCAUCGCUCUUGGAACUCGGCUCGCUCAAGUAUAUGAUGCGCCUGUUGUUCAAGAUGCAAGCGGAUUCGAAAGCUCCCGUGGGAAUUGAAUCAAUGAAAACCUUGAAAGCAUUGGUCGACCAGCUCGACCUGAGUGCUAGGAAAUGGUUCGAUAAGGUGCCUCCGAUCUUCAAACGCGUCGACAUCAAUGCUCCUGCCGAAAUCUUGAUUUUCUCGGUGUUUGUGACUGUUCACUAUUCACAGUUUCAGAUGUUGAUACACCAAACGUUAUUCCACUACCAAGACAACGAGCCAGCCGCCACCCAAUCGACGAGGAACAUGAAUCCGCACAUCCACCGGUUCGUCGAGUUUGCGAUGCUGUCCAUUCAAGCCAUGGGCGCCCUGCGCCUUCGGGGACUGCUCACAAAGGCUUUCCAUUGGCUGCCGUUCGAAAUCAUGUUUGCCGUCAUCCUCCUGGUCUGCGCUACCAGGAAACAGAAAGAGUCGAUCGGUCCUCUGGAGAUUAAAGUCAGACGCGAUAAUAUCCUCUUGGUGAUCGCGAUUCUGGACGAAUUGGCCUCUAGUGUCCACACAGCAGCCACUUACAGCAAAGUGACCAAGAUAAUGUUAGACGUACUAGACGGCACGAACGGGUCCUUACUCGACUCCUUACAGCCGCCAUAUCGAACCCAGCAGGAUCAAAAACCGGCUUUCAAUCGACGCCCAUUCACCGAUUCUCCGACGGUCACAACUGACGAUCGCAAGGAGGACUCCGCGUGGGACCCGUCCGAACUUUCGUCUACCAUCUUCGUCGAUGCCCCGGCUUUGAAGCUGUCCGUCUUCCCUGCCUCGUGCUCUCCCCCGACCUAUCCUCUUCCUGCUCACUCCACCACUCCAACUAACGUCCUUCAUUAA